AUGAAAAACAUCGGUCCUCUCCUCCUGCUUAAUCUUUGGCACAAACACCUUGAGGACACCGUUCUUCAUCUCAGCCUUGAUAUCACUCGUCUUAUCUAUUCUGCUACUGUACCUCCUUCCGCCAUCUUCUUCAUCUUCAAAUUCCUUCUUCCCUUCUCCUCUGAUGGUGAGAGUGUUCUGCUCCACCGACACCUUGAUGUCCUCCUUCCCCAGCCCAGGCAUGUCCAUGCGCAGAUGAAGCCCAUCGGCAGUCUCCCGAGCAUCCCAAUUCCUGCGGGCGCUAGGCGAUUCCACGAUUUGGUCCAUCAUGUUCAGGAUUUGGUUCAGGCUGCUUCGUGUGGCAAAUGGACCCAAUAUGAACAGAAGCAAAUCCAGAAACUACCUGAGAAGGGGGAGAAAAUACGACGCUCUGGGCGGCGUUCAACAUCGAGAUCGCGGUCAUCGCCGUCGUACUCGCGGAUAGCAUUUGUGUUGAAGAGGCGGAAGGCUGCCGGACGAGCCGCCGCUGACCUUGAGAGGAGGUUAGAGGCGACCAGCCUCUUCAGAGCGAGAGAAGACGCCAUAGAUAGCUUUAGCUUGUAG